AAAAACACACAAUUGUCAAGACUGGGUAGGCCUAAAGAGAAAACGCCAGUUGGUGAUCUGCGCAUGCGUGGUGGAUGUUUUCACUUUGCCCAGCAGUGGAGGUCUCAGGAUAUUUUUCUAAAUAGUUUAAUGAAACGAAUCACUAGAAUCGUUAGCUAUUAGUAUGUAGCCUCAUUGCUACAACUGUAUUUUGCGUGUAUUUAACUGACGAAACGAGAGAACACAUGGCAGAGGAAAGAUUCAGCAAACAAGAAACCUUGGAAAUGAGACAGAGGUUAAUUGGCCAGUCGUGUAGGCUGUUUUAUUCAGAAGACCCUGUGAAGAUAGUUAAAGCAAGAGGACAAUAUCUGUUUGAUGAAAACGGCAAACGCUAUCUGGAUUGCAUCAGUAACGUUCAACAUGUGGGGCAUUGUCACCCAGCUAUAACAAAGGCUGCCACAGCACAAAUGGACCUCCUGAAUGCGAAUUCCCGGUUUCUCCAUGACAACAUAGUCUUGUAUGCAGACCGCCUGGCUGCUACCUUGCCCAAAAAACUGUCUGUCUUCUAUUUUGUCAACUCUGGUUCAGAGGCCAAUGACCUUGCCCUCCGCCUGGCAGAGCAGUACACCCAACAUGAGGAUGUCAUAGUGCUUGACCAUGCAUACCAUGGACAUCUAAAGUCCCUCAUCGACAUUAGUCCUUACAAGUUCCGGAAACUGGCAGGACAGAAAGAAUGGGUUCAUGUGGCACCCUUACCUGACACUUACAGGGGCAUAUACAGAGAGGACCAUCCCAAUCCAGGCCAAGCCUAUGCUGAUACAGUGAAAGACUUGAUAGAGGAGAUCAUUAGAAAAGGUCGAAAGAUUGCAGCCUUUUUUGCUGAAUCAUUACCUAGUGUUGGGGGACAAAUCAUCUUGCCCCAAGGAUACUCCUCUAAAGUCGCAGAAUACGUGCGCUCAGCUGGUGGACUGUUUGUUGCAGACGAGAUUCAGACAGGUUUUGGACGAGCGGGGACUCAUUUUUGGGCUUUCCAGCUUCAGGGAGAGGAUUUCUGUCCGGAUAUCGUGACCAUGGGCAAGCCGAUGGGUAACGGACAUCCUCUGGCAUGUGUGGCAACUACUGUGGAGAUAGCCGGAGCUUUCACAGCAAAUGGAGUGGAGUACUUCAAUACGUUUGGGGGAAAUCCAGUGUCUUGUGCCAUUGGCCUGGCAGUUCUGGAUGUGAUAGAGAAGGAAGAUCUGAGAGGAAAUGCCAUAAGGGUGGGAACACAUCUGAUAGAUUUGCUAAAGAAACUACAAGAAAAACAUGAAAUUAUUGGAGAUGUCCGAGGGAUCGGUCUGUUUGUGGGACUCGAGCUGGUGACAGACAGACAAAAUAAAACCCCUGGCACCAAAACUGCAGCAUGGGUGGCAAAGAGGUUAAAGGAGGAGGAUCAAAUUUGUGUCAGCACGGAUGGGCCCUGGGAAAGCGUCCUGAAGUUUAAGCCUCCCAUGUGCUUCAGUAUGGAGGAUGCAGAACUGGUUGUUCGGUGCAUUGACCGCAUCCUCACAGCUACUCUGACGCCCACUUACAACACAAGAAGGAACUCAAUGAACCGUUUUGAGAUGCUGGAAAUAUGUUUCCCGGUGAAGACGUGAAACAGCCAUCCCAUUGAGCCAAAUACAUACAUCUACAAAUGAUCUCCUUUGACCCACUGUUGUUCCUUUAACGUGAGAUCUGACAAAAAAAUACUUUCAUAUAAUCGAGUUCUUUAGAGAAAAGGGACAAAAAAAUAAUGUGCUGACAUUACACCGAUGUGAAAACGUUUUAUCAAGACGGGACAGCUAAGCUGAAAUGGAAAACAACUGAUUCAGAGGAAAUGCCAUUUCUCUCUUUUUUUUUUAAGAUAUUCUAAUAUAAAUUGAUUCAAUCAUGAGAGGAUAAAAUGCAUUGUUCUUCAAGUAUUUAGACCCUUUGAAACUUUUUGACAUUCUGUCACAAUACAGACACAAUCUUCAAUUAAUUUUACUGAGGUUUUUAUGUAACAGACCAAAACAAAGUAAUGCAUAACUGUGAAGCAGUAGAAAAAUCACCAGCUGCUUUGGCCGUUCUUUGCAUAAUAGCUCAAGCUCCGUUAAAGAGUCUUAUGCAAUAUUAAUAUUGCACACAGACAUACAAGGAUAAUAUAUUCAUAAGAGUUUUAAGCCCUUAUCUUAACCAUCUGCACUACUUUAUCCCUGACCUGUCUCCUGUGUUCCUUAGUCUUUAUGUUGCUGUUUGUUCGCUAAUGUUCUAAACCUCUGAGGCCUUCACAGAACAGUGGGAGUUAUACUGAGAUUAAAUGGCACCAUCUUCUGAAGGCAAUUGGAUAAACUAUUAUUUUUCAGGGUAUCAAAACAAACGGGGAUAAGUACAAAUGCACGUCAAACUUUUAAAUAAUUUCAUUUGUAAAAAGAUUUUGACCCAUACAUUUUUCCCAUUUAUGUCGCA